AUGUCCUUUUCUUCAACCUGUAAAAACAUCAAUGUGUUACCUUCAUCAAGAGAGCAGAUAAGUGACUCUGCUGGAAUGAUUGUGAGUCAAGGUGGAUGCUUUACCCAUGAACAUGGGCAGGUAUUGGGCAGUGAGCUUGGGCUGAUGGAGAUGACAGAGGUUGACUGUUCUCACCUUCAGCAUCUUCUCCAAGCCCAUGUGGAGGCACAGUCAGAGUUUCCAGAUGUCAGAUGUCACCUGUCUACAGUGAUGGUCAAAGAACAGGCCACAUCCACAGUGAUUUCUCCCUUCAGAAGCGCUCAAGCUAUUGAUCUAUCAACUUCAAAUGAAGACCAAGUAAUGCCUGGAGAAAAGACACCAGUGUCUUAUGGAGAGGUGCCAGGUUUUGUGCUGGCCAGAAUUAGUGCUGAAGAAAGCCCAGCUGAACCUUUUACCAGUGACAAGAAGUCCGUACAGAAUCGCACCAGACCAGCUGCUAGAGUUUGCUUAGAGAAAAGAUUUAGCGCCAUGUGUGCUGAAACCACGAGACAACAAGAUAUACAGUCUGCAGUUCUCAGCAAUUUUUUGACAAUACUUCAGCAGUCUGCAGAUGUUCAAGAGACAGUCAUGCAUCCUCCAAAGCAGAAGUGGGUGAAAAUGGACAGAGCAAAUUCUUUUGGGGUGUCUAGUUCAUAUAUAGAGGGUGUUUAUGGCCCAGUCACCAACACGUGUGGACAGGUUAUGAUGCCCAAGAGCGUUUUAAAUUUUCACCCAGCAGAAGAGCAGCCUUUGGUUAACAUAGAAAAGGAUGUGGUGAUACCCAAAGCUGCUAAAGCCGCCCCAGACUCUGCUGGAGAGCCACAGAGCAGCAGGAGGAAAAUCGCUAGAUCUAGUAUGUUGCUCAGCCAGCGCAGGGAGAUACACAACAGUAAGGAGAGGGAACGCAGGAAGAGGAUUCGUUUGUGCUGUGAUGAACUGAACACGUUGGUGCCAUUCUGUGACUCUGAGACGGACAAAGUCACCACCCUGCAGUGGACCACAGCUUUCCUGAGAUACAUUACUAAAACGUAUGGAGACACUUUUAAAGAGGAGUUCCAGAAAGUCUUCGCUCAUGAGAAAGAACGCUUUGGUAAGUCCAUCUCAGGUCAGGACCCAGUGCACCACAGGAUGGAUGAGACACUGAGCAGCAUUCCCCUGGCAGCAGAGCAGUGACCUCUCCUCAUUGUUUUCUUCUGUAUGUCAGCCACAAAACUGAAUUGAAUUCAACUGUCAGAGUAGCUCAGGCUUGCCCAGUGAGGUGUGGGGUUAAGAUGAAGUAGUGUUGACAUGGUUAAAUAUAUCCUUUUGAUCACACUGCAAUGAUCUAGAAAGUGGAAGGUUUAGUUCAGGUCGUGUGAAGGCCGAGUUUAACACAUCAACCUUUU